GACACGCAGAGCUGCUAUGAUUAGGGCUGCGCUGAGGGAAGGAAGGGAAGGUCAAGGGGGCUUUUACGCACAGUUGGUGCCUUCUUGUUGACCAGGAGCUGCUGUUAGUUUGUCUGUUGCUCUGUGGUUCCUGGACCAGUGGCUUUGACUUGAAUACCAGAGGAAGAAUGAGAUAUUAUUUGGCCUCCAGGGAGUGAGCGGAGUGCGUAAAAGGUCCUUGGAGUUAGUUGGGCAUGGCUCUGGAGAGCGCGUCACUCCUGGUGUUGCUGAUGGCAGCUCAAGUCCUGCCAUCAGUGUCCGGCUGCAACAGGGCUUUCUACGAGAGGAUGAUCAAUGAUUUGUGCUUAGCUAAGUUCAAAUUCGACAUGGGAGGGAUGGAUCGAGGCCUGUGGUGCAGCUGGCCGGACACCACGGAGGCCUACGAGGGGCUGACAAACUGCACCUACCAGGUGGCCUUGAGGGUGGACUGCUUCUGGCCGAACCAGAUAGUCGAUCGCUUCUUCAUGCAGAUUCACCGGAUCUACUUCCACGACUGCGCCCUGACCGGCCGGCUCCUCCACGACCCGCCGACCAGCAUCCUCGCCCCGUUCAUCGCGGUGCCGGUGCUGGUCACCUUGCUCAUGACUGCCCUUGUGGUGUGGAGGAGUAAACGCACAGAGGGGGUUUUAUAGCCAGGGAACGGCCUCUGGAUUCGGGCUCAAUGCUUGUAAAUACAUGUGGACUCUUGAGGGAAAUUUUUGGGGGAUUUUUGCAUAAUGUGUUAAAGGGCCAGGGUGUAGCAUUUAGGGGGAUUUAUUGGCAGAAAUUAAUAUCAAUAAGUAUGUUUUCUUCAGUGUAUAAUCACCUGAAAAUAAGAAUCGUUGUGUUUUCGCUAGCUUAGAAUGAGCCGUUUAUAUCUACAUACGGAGCGGGUCCUCUUCACGGAGUCCGCCAUGUUUCUACAGUAGCCCAGAACGGACAAACCAAACACUGGCUCUAGGCAGGACCAUUUGUGUUGUCUCAUUUUGGCGUCGACCACCUUAGUUCUCCUACACGCUUGGUACACAGGAGCUUCAGUUGGUUGCAAUUUGCAACCACACCAUUGGAUGGCACCAGAUCCUACACACUGCACCUUUAAGUUGAUGCACUUAUACUGUUUGUCUUGCAAUUGUAUUAUUCCCAUAUUAGUAUGAAUAUGAAUGUAUUGCAUGUCUUAUGAAAAACUGUUUGACUGCAGCAGACUUUAAUACAAUGAUAUGUAGGCUAAUAAAUGCUCUAUUUGGUAUAAAAAUAGAAUCUAUCAGUGGAUAACAUCACCCCCAUGAGAGUGUCAAAGUUUGGCAGGGGAACAUAAUAAAGGUCUUUGAGAUUCAGGGGAAUUGAAGGCCAUGCAUGUUAAUUACCAUCUGUUGUCAUGGCCCCAAACAAUCUGUGAGCAAAUAAAUAACAGUAGAGAGGAGGACACUCAGGGAGACACCGACA